ACCUAAGCUGUGAGCAUCCCGAGCCGCAACAACCACAACUGCAUCCACAUCCGCAACAAGGCCGCAACAAACCAGCGCCGGCACAAGACCCAGCCACAGUCACAGCCACAGCUGCAGCCAGCCCUGAGGCACGGCAGGAGGCAGCCACCACACUCAGUACACCACGAUAUUUGUGUACCGAGUGCCGAUUUAACAACCAGCCGCUGGCCUGGUGGGUCUCAUGUCCGCGUCUCUCCAAUCUGCCCGCUGAACAGCCUCAAAUGCCAACGCCAGCAAUGCAGUCACAGCCAGCAGCGGUUCAGGGCCAGUCCCAGACCCAUCAUUGCCAUGCGCCGAAUCCGGCGCGCUUUCCACUGCAGGCCAGCGUCAAGCGACAUUGUGACAAUUUUGGCAGCUAUGCCACAUUGCCCACCAUCGAGCAACAGCAACAGCAGCAGCAGCAGCAGGUUCAUCAUACGCCCAGCUAUGGGAAUGCGGCCUGCAGUCGACAUUGUGCGGCUUCUUCAAUGCCGCCACAACCGGAGCCGCCACCACCAGCCUCCAGCCUGCGCUGGUAUGCGUCAGGCAAUGCCAAUCCCAAUCCCAAUCCCAAUCCGAAUCCCAAUUUGAAUGCCUGUUGUUAUGUUUACAAUCCAACGCCCCACUACGCGCCGGAGCUCUGCGUUUGCGAUAAUUGGUAUCACCAGCACCAGCACCAGCACCAGCAGCAGCAGCAACAUCAGCAGCAACAACAGCACCGAGGCAUCCCUCCGCCCCCGAAGCCACUUAUGCCCAAUGGCGGCUGCUACUUGGGCUUUGACACUGCCCAUCAUCCCAGCCACAUAACCGACGAGGAGGACUCAGCAUUUCCAGCACUCGCCGAUCGUGAGUUCCAUUUGCUGCAUCGCAAUAUUCCUGCGCUGCGUCGCACUGGCGUAGACACAACACGCAUACGACAGUACUUCUACCCGGAUGGCGGAUGGGGCUGGAUCAUCUGCGGCGUCUCCUUUCUGGUGCACAUUCUUACCACGGGCCUCCAGCUCAGCUACGGCCUGUUGCUCUUCUAUGCCGUUCAACAUUUGCAUAACACAAGUGGCAUAGAGCUCUUGGGCGCUCUGAGCUGGUCCAUCUCGAUGCUGGCCAUACCGUUUGUGGUCUCGCUGUGCCGGAAACGCUCCAUACGUUUGCUCUCGAUUGUGGGAGGUCUUGUGAUGCCGCUGGGCAUUCUGUUCACAUCAUUUGCCACGGAAUUCGGUCAGGUUGUUUUUAGCUAUGGCAUCGUCUUUGGCAUCGGCGUUUCCAUGGUGCGUGAAGCCUCCACCGUGAUGCUGGGCAAUUACUUUAAGCGUCGCCGGCAAUUCGUCGAAAUGGUGGCCAUGUCCGGCGAGGGCGUUGGCAUCGCUUUGUUCUCCGUCAUUCUGAAGGAGGGCGUGGGCAAGGCCGGCUGGCGCCUGGGCCUACAAAUCGUUGCCGCACUUACGGCGCUCAGCUUUUUCAUGGGCCUCAUGUAUCGACCAGCCUCCCUAUACCAUCCGCAACGUCGUGCCAUCCAGCAUCUCAAAAAUCAACGCAAAAAGCUGCGCGAAAAGAAACCAAAACUAACGCAUGAAGUGGAAUCACCGACUAGAUAUUUAUUCCUGGACAUAUCAUCGUUGAAAUCGGCCACAGUUAAGAUCCUAUUGAUGACUUCCAGUGUGGCUGCCUUUGGCAUCUAUACGCCCAUGUUCCUGAUGGCUCUCAAUGCUGCCAAAGAGGGCUCCGACGUGCAAGAGCUGGUGCUGCUGCAAACCUUUCUGGGCAUCUCCAUGGCUCUGGGCGUAGUUCUAGCCGGUGCUCUGCUGCGGCGCUGCUUUGUCAUACGACAAUUUGUGAUCAAUACCAAAAUUGUUGCUCAGCUGUUUAUAUCCAUUGUUGCGCUGGCCAUACUAUUCCUAUCCUUUGUCAUGGGCUACAAAGGACUCUGCAUACUCAGCUGGCUCUACGGCAUCGGCCUGGGUGGCUUUCAGUAUUCGCUGAAGAUUUUGGCACUGGAACGCAUCAAGCUGAAGCACUUCUCCAAGGCCUGGGGCUUCAUACGCGGCGUCGAGUCGGUGCCAGUGCUGAUUAGUGUGCCCCUCACCUCGUUCCUCAAUGAUUAUUCACUGAAAUAUGGGCGUGCUGGCUAUUAUAUUUGCUCUGCGGCUGCUGCUAUCUCGGGCAUUAUAAUCUUCUUCAUUAGCGAGCCGCAGGAGCAGCAGCAGCAGCAGCAGCAACGCGGGCAUCUCAAUGGGCAUCUGCCCACGCCUAUGCUGAUGCGGCACUCCUCGGCUCGACAUCAUCGUCCGAAUCUGCAUUUGGAUUAUGGCUAUGGGGACUAUCCUGCUCCUGAUUUGCUCAGUCGCAGCUGCAUUAGUUUGAAUCAAAUGGAGCCUUAUCUGCAGGCCAGCAAUCCCCACUACUGUCAACGUCACAUGCUUCAGCAGCCGCAUGCCACGCCCACGCCAUAUCUGCCGCAGCAUCAUCAUCUGCCGGCUCAGCAUAUGCAUUCUCAUUUACAUCAGCAUUCCCAUCAGCAUGCACACCAGCAUCCGCAUCCGCAUCCGCAUCCACAUCCCCAGCAGCUGGCCUGUCACAAUCUGGACAUGCAGCAGGCCCGCACGCCCUAUCAGCUGGGCCAGGGCAGCAUCGGCGCCAAGAUGGGCAAGCGACUGCAGCGUAGUCUCUCCUUCAUCCAGCAGCACAACUGCUGCGAUGGCCAGAUGUACUGCAGCUGGCAUAGCACCUACGAGCUCGGCUGUCGCAAGUCUCCCAAAUCUCAGGACAGGCAGCCACUCAUAUGUACUUGCAGCCCCAACUCGACCACGUAUGGAGGCGGCGGCGGCAGUUCGGCACGCAGCCGCAGCGUGCCAGAGGGCCUAUCGACCAUGUCGCAGCAGUGUAACUGCCGUCAUGGGGCAGGCGUGGCAGCUGGGGCAGCGCCAUCCCGUGAGUUUAUCUACGUGCCGCACGCCUACGCCUCAUUGCAACGAACGCCACAUCGACAGAGUCGCCACACCGGAGCAGGAGUUGGAGCUGGCAACAGCUGUCAGGCAGCCAGAAGCAAUCCGCAAUGCCGGCUGAAGCGUUCCCAAUCGCUAAGUCGUCCCGUUCACUUCGUGGAGCAAAUCACCACCUCUGUCUAGGGGCGGGAAGAGUAAGAGUUAUUUUGUAGUUGUACUCCAGUUACGUGAAUCGAAUUCCGAAUUGUCACAUCUUUCUAGUCUUUUGUCGUAGUUAGUAGCACGUACUAUAGUCCAAGUCGAAGAAUCC